AUGCUCCCUCUUUUAGGGGAACAUAUCGUGUUCAACGUCCAGAAGUUCGCACAGGAGGCUGCGCAAAAGUCCGAUGAACCGGCAGUCACUGAAACAGCACUUGACAUAUCAAAGAAAGCGCAGAGAGUUACUAGCAUCGCAAAGGCGGCGACAAAUUCCAAAAAUGUCGAAGAAAACGAGGAGGAUGACGAAAUGCCAAUAGAACGGGAAGAAGCAGAAAACGAUACAGCCGGAGAUGAAAAUGACGCAGGAGAUGUUCUUGGUACCAAGGAGUUCGAGGGUUCGUGA